AUGGUUGUAAUAAUAGACGAUGUAGACAAUCUUUGUUCUGGAUAUUUAGAAAGUCUUAUUCGUCAUGAAAAUUCAAUUCAUGCAUCUUAUAACCAACCACCUAUUGAUAUAAUUCCUUUGCUUAUGCAACACAUUGAACAGUUCAAAAAUUUAUUAGUUAAUGAGAUUCAUAAACGAUUUCCACUUCAUUAUACUAAAUCAGGCAAACAGCUUAUCAAAUUUCCAUGUACUGAUAGUGAAUUUGUAGCAAUAUUUGGAAAACAGUUAAAUCAAUUUUCACCAGCAAAAUGUAUCUAUCAAUGUAUUUUCAAAGGUUAUGCAGCAGAAGCUAUGUUAGGAGAAUUACUUGGUGAUAAACAAUGGGGAACACGAUAUUAUGAAGCAAAUCAAAAAAGCUUCGUUCAAUUGUAUCUACAAGAAAAUGUAGUUUGUGAGAAUAAUUCAAAUCAAUCACUUGAAUCUUAUGACAUUUCAAAUAUCAAAACUGUUACAAUAGUACCACCAGAAAUGACUGUAGAAUGGUUUCAAGAAAAUAUUAAGGAUGCAAAAGGACAUGAAACAUCAGGUGGACAAUUAAGAAUUAGAUUUUGUUUAGACCAAGAAUAUUAUGGAUAA